CCUCUCGGUGCUUAUUCAGGAAAAGCAAACAAACAAAAAUCUGGUCCUUGAUGCUUCACUUCUGAAUGUGAAAUAUUACCUCCCAGCUCGUAAAGUUGUGAGGCACAGCUUUUUUUUUUUUUGCUUUUUUUGCUUCUUUUUCUUUAAGCAAGGACGAAAAAAGCCUAGACAAACAAACAAAAAAAUGGACUUCUGAUCCGUGUGCCAAAGUAGGGGGAGAUAUGUUAUUGACCGAUUUAUACUGGCUGAGAUGAUACUUGCUUUCUACUUCUUGAUCACUUGCUCUUUAAGUAAAAUGAGGCACAGAGUUGUUGCUGAGACGAGUGGGAACAGCAUUUUGAUUUGCUGGUUUAAUUAAAAAUGAUAAAGGAUUAAAGGACAACGUGGAUGUGGACUGCAGGUUGUGAGCCUAGACACACCUAGGGGAGGGAGACAAGAAGAGUUGAACUUAAGAGAGAGCCCAACGGAGAUAAACGAAUGUCCCCACAUCUCCAAAGAAAAGUUCAUCGGAUUUUUACUCUAGAGAUCUUAUCUUCAGGAUGUCAUUGAACACUUCCACUGCAGGAAAAGGUGUGGAUCCAAACGCAGUUGACACUUAUGACAGUGGCGAUGAUUGGGAAAUCGGUGUUGGGAAUUUAAUAAUCGAUUUGGACGCCGACUUAGAGAAGGACAGACAGAAAUUUGAGAUGAAUAAUUCUAAUACCACCAGCAGCAGCAACACCAGCUCCAAGGAUUGCGGGGGUCUGACUUCCAGUGGGGUUAAUGCUACCUCAGCCUUAGCUGAUGGCCUAAAAUUCGCUUCUGUUCAGCCCUCUGCUCCCCAGGGGAAUUCCUCUCACAAAGAGACUAGCAAAUCAAAAGUGAAAAGGAGUAAAACUUCUAAGGAUGCUAAUAAAUCUCUGCCUUCUGCUGCCUUGUAUGGGAUUCCUGAGAUCAGCAGUGCUGGCAAAAGGCAGGAAGUCCAAGGGCGCCCUGGAGAGGCAACUGGCAUGAAUUCAGCACUGGGUCAAAGUGUGAGCAGUAACCCAAACGGCAAUAAUAACAACACCAGCAACACCACCACCGUUGCCUCUUGUGGGAAAAACAAAGAGGAGAAACCAGGUAAAGCCCCUGGCAGCAGAGGCUCCAAGCGGGAUAAGGAUGCAGGAAAAUCCAGGAAGGACAAGCAGCAUGACCUGCAGCAGGGCCACCCCAAUGGCAGUGGGGGUGGCAAUAGCCAAAUUCCCUCUGGGCACCUCUAUGGCUUCGGGGCCAAGGGAGGCAGUGGUGGAAGCACCAGCCCUUUCCACUGCACCUCCUCUGCUGUGGGGGAAGUGAGCAAAAGUACCCCGGAUUCAGGGUUAAUGGGGAACUCUGUUUUGGUAAAGAAGGAAGAGGAGGAGGAGGAGAGCCACAGGCGAAUCAAGAAAUUGAAAACAGAAAAGGUUGAUCCCCUGUUUACAGUGCCUGCACCUCCACCUCCGAUUUCCAGCAGUAUCACACCUCAGAUUCUGCCUUCCUACUUUUCCCCAUCUUCAUCCAAUAUUGCAGCACCAGUCGAGCAGCUUUUGGUACGGACACGUUCAGUGGGUGUAAAUACUUGCGAGGUUGGAGUAGUAACAGAACCCGAAUGCCUUGGACCCUGUGAGCCUGGGACCAGCGUGAACUUGGAAGGAAUUGUGUGGCAUGAAACUGAAGAAGGUGUCCUGGUAGUAAAUGUUACAUGGAGGAACAAGACUUACGUGGGAACACUGUUGGACUGCACAAAGCAUGACUGGGCCCCUCCGAGGUUUUGCGAAUCGCCAACAAGUGACCUGGAAAUGCGCGGAGGACGGGGCAGGGGAAAGCGGGCGAGGUCCGCUGCAGCUGCGGCCGUACCCGGGAACGACGCGAGUUUCACAGAGUCCCGAGGACUUCAGAACAAAAAUCGAGGUGGUGCCAAUGGGAAGGGGAGGAGGGGCAGCCUUAACUCAAGUGGGCGCAGAACACCCCCAAACUGCGCCAUGGAUGAAGUCAAAGCCAGCCCCUCGUCCACAAACAAGAGGAAAACUAAGCCUCCUAUGGAGCUGGAUUUGAACUCCAGUUCAGAGGACAAUAAGUCUGGAAAACGCAUUCGUACUAAUUCUAGAAGCACUCCCACCACCCCACAGGGGAAACCCGAGACUGCUUUUUUGGACCAAGGCUGCUCUUCCCCAGUGCUGAUUGACUGUCCUCACCCCAACUGCAACAAGAAGUACAAGCACAUUAAUGGAUUACGUUACCAUCAGGCUCAUGCACACUUAGACCCAGAAAACAAACUGGAGUUUGAGCCUGACAGUGAAGACAAAAUUUCAGACUGUGAGGAAGCACUGAGUAAUGUGGCACUUGAAUGCAGUGAGCAAAGCACAAAUUUGCCAGGCUUUGAUCCACUAAAAGCACCGACAUCUCCUUCCUCCAUUGCUACCCCAGGGACCCCCAAGGGAAAGAGGGAACUGACCAGCAAUGGCCCUGGUUCAGUUAUCAGUUCCAAAACUGGCAAGAAUUCUGGCAAAAAGAAGGGUCUGAACAGUGAAUUGAACAGCCUUCCAGUAAUUUCUAACAUGGCAGCCACACUGGAUAAUUGCUCAGUAGCAGAUGGCAAUUUGCAAACCGAAAUGCCGAAAUUGGAGGCUGAAGGAUUAAUUGACAAGAAGAGUUUAGGUGAUAAAGGCAAGAAAUCAAACAAUUGCAAAGUGGAUAAAAACCUUUCCAAGCUGAAAACGGCCAGGCCCAUUGCCCCAGCACCAGCACCAACUCCUCCCCAGUUAAUAGCUAUACCUACUACAGCCUUUACAACCACCACUACAGGGACAAUACCAGGACUGCCCUCUCUAACAACUACUAUUGUUCAGGCUACACCAAAGAGCCCUCCACUGAAACCCAUUCAACCAAAGCCCACAAUUAUGGGAGAGCCAAGCACUGUAAACCCAGCUCUCACAUCACUCAAAGACAAAAAGAAAAAGGAGAAGCGAAAGCUGAAGGACAAAGAAAGCAAAGAGACGGGCAGCCCUAAGAUGGAUUCUAAGCUGGGGAAGCUGGAGGACUCAAAAGGGUCUGGCAAAGACUUAUCUGGACAUUUUUUAAAGGACCAUCUCAACAAGAACGAAGUGCUAGCUAAUGGACUGUCAGAAUCUCAAGAGAGCAGGAUGGCAAGUAUUAAGGCUGAAGCUGAUAAAGUUUACACAUUCACAGACAAUGCGCCCAGCCCUUCCAUAGGGAGUGCCUCCAGGAUGGAAUGCAGCACUUUGGUGAAUGGACAAUCUGCCAUGGCCCCACUGCACGUGUUGACACAGAAUGGUGCAGACAGCACAGCCGCUAAAACCAACAGCCCUGCUUACUCAGAUAUUUCUGAUGCAGCUGAUGAUGGUGGCUCUGACAGCAGGUCAGAGGGCAUGAGGUCAAAGGCCAGCUCUCCAUCGGAUAUUAUUUCUAAUAAAGAUGGUGUUGUAAAAGGACAUUCUUCAACCACAGCACAAUCAGCUCAAGGGAAAGAGUCUCAUUCUCCCUAUUACCAUGGCUACGAUCCUUACUAUUCCCCAAGUUACUUGCACUCUGGACAGGUCAGUGCCCCAGCAGCUGGGAACAGCGGUACCCCACAGGGGCUGAAGAUUAAAAAAGAGGCUGAGGAAGAGGCUGAAAAGAAAGAGAAGGCAGAAUCGUCAGAUGCCAAGAAAAGCGAAAGCACUUCCUCUAAUUUGCAGCCGCAACAUCAGUCAGUAAUAACUCAAAGACACCCUGCACUUGCUCAGUCACUUUAUUAUGGACAGUAUGCCUAUGGGCUCUAUAUGGACCAAAAGUCCUUAAUGGCCUCCAACCCUGCUUACAGGCAGCAGUAUGAAAAAUACUAUGAGGACCAGAGACUAGCAGAACAGAAAAUGGCACAAAGUGGGAGGGACUGUGAAAGGAAGAACGACCCCUCCUUGAAAGAGAUUGGGAAGGAUGACAACAAGCAGAAGAAUAUUCCAUCUGCCACUAUUUCAAAGCCCCCUUCAACUCCAGAGUCCAGCAAAAAUAACACUAAAAUAGGGUCAUCAGUUCCUAACAAAGGUGAGGAGACAAGCAAAUCACAGAUCCUUUCCAAUCACCAGCAGCAGCUUCAGUCGGACACUUUCAAAGCCAAACAAAUGGAAAACCACCAGCUUAUAAAGGAGGCUGUGGAGAUGAAAUCUGUUAUGGAUUCUAUGAAGCAAACAGGAGUAGAUCCAACCACAAGAUUUAAACAGGAUCCAGAUUCACGAACAUGGCAUCAUUAUGUCUAUCAGCCCAAAUACCUUGAUCAGCAAAAAUCAGAAGAACUUGAUCGUGAGAAAAAGUUAAAAGAAGACAGCCCUAGAAAAACACCUAACAAGGAAGGUUCCCUGCCUAACCUUCCAGUCUCAUUAGCAAGCAUUAAAGAGGAGCCCAAAGAGGUCAAGCGUUCUGAUUCUCAAUCAGUGGAUGAGAGCAAGAUAAAAAACGAUGAUCAAAAGACUCCUGUAAACUGGAAGGACUCUCGGGGUGCUAGAGUAGCAGUUUCCUCACCAAUGAGUCAGCAUCAGUCAUACAUCCAGUACUUGCAUGCUUACCCGUAUCCGCAGAUGUACGAUCCCAACCAUCCGGCCUAUCGCGCAGUCUCUCCUGUCCUAAUGCACAGCUAUCCUGGGGCGUAUCUCUCUCCAGGAUUUCAUUAUCCAGUUUAUGGGAAGAUGUCAGGGAGAGAGGAGGCAGAAAAGGUCAAUACCAGCCCGAGCAUCAAUGCAAAAUCAACCACUGAGUCCAAAGCACUGGAUUUGCUCCAGCAGCAUGCCAACCAGUAUCGCAGCAAGUCACCUGUUCCUGUGGAAAAAUCACCAGCUGAGCGUGAGCGGGAAGCAGAAAGGGAGCGAGACCGCCAUUCUCCUUUCAGCCAGCGGCACCUCCACACUCACCACCAUACCCACGUCGGAAUGGGCUACCCCCUCAUACCUGGACAGUAUGACCCAUUUCAAGGAUUGACCUCUGCUGCCCUUGUUGCCACUCAGCAGGUGGCUGCACAGGCAUCUGCAUCUGGUAUGUUUCCUGCACAAAGAAGAGAAUGAUGAAUUUGGGGAUGAACAUUGUCAUGUGACUGGAUCACAUGAGGAAGCGCUUUAUUACAGACAUCAGUUCCAUGGUGUUAAUUUGAAAUGCCUUAAUGGCAGGCAAAAACCAGUCAUUUCAUUUUUGUAA